GCUAAUGUUUAUCCUUCCUGCUAAUAAACCCAAAUUCAUAGGCUGGAAUUCAAGCAUGUCUGACACUGAACAGACUGAAGAAGAUAUUAAAAAGCCAUUUUUAUCAGCCCCACUGCUAGACUGGAAUGUGGUUCAGAGGAAGAUGCCCUGGAGCAUUGUGCUGCUGCUGGGAGGAGGUUUUGCUUUGGCUGAUGCAAGCGCAAACUCUGGACUCUCAGCUUGGCUGGGUCGUCAGAUGACUCCAUUAGGAUCUAUUCCACCCUGGUCCAUUGCAACAGUACUUUCCCUUAUUAUAGCGGUCUUCACCGAAUGCACCAGUAAUGUGGCCACAACCACUCUCUUCCUACCUGUCUUUUCAUCCAUGGUAAGAUUGCUUCCAUCUUGUUAUGCUAUCAACUGA